AGAAUGUGGAGAAUUCGGGGAAUUUUCUUUGUGUUGAUGGCCGUUACUUAUUUUGGUCACACAUGGGGAAGAUCCCAACACAAAGCUUCGAGGGCUCGUCUUAUAGAAGAUAUAAGGAGAUUUUUGGAACUUGUCGAAAACGAGGCAAACCGGGUUGAAGAUCAGCGGGAAAAUGAGAGUGACAACCAGACAUAUAACGAAAACCAGAUACGUAACGAAAACGAAAUAGAUAGUAUGAACAUCGAUCCCGAUGACCCGAAUGAACAGCUGUUGUCCAGUUUUGGAGUAGUGGUGAAUGGUAAAGUCCUGCACUCAAAGGGGCUUCAUCCAGAAGAUUCCAAAAAGUUUAAGGAAGAGAAAUUGGAAAAAACAAUUGAGAGAAAAGAGGAAACGGACAAAGAAGGGGAGCCUGGAAAAGAGAAACGCCGCAGGAAGAGGAAUUUUGGACCGAGUUGGCCAAACUGGCCUAAGGCAAUAGUUCCCUACAUCAUUGAUAACAAUUUGAUUGCAAACAGAGGGUAUUUUCUGGAAGCUGUUGAGCUGUUUAAUAAACUCACGUGUAUUCGCUGGAAGCCCAGUUCACCUGAAGUAGCCACGGAAGUGGGGCACACCGGAUAUGUUCGAGUUAAAAACGGAUCAAGUUGUGGUUCUGGUGUGGGCUUCGGCGGAAAUGGAGAACACGUGCUAAGCUUAGCAGAACCCGGAUGUGGAUCGGUUGGUAUAGCGGUUCAUGAAAUGCUACACAGACUUGGACAAAGGCAUGAGCAUGUUCGAAGUGAUCGGGAUCGGUAUGUCAGAAUUGUCUGGAAAAAUAUGAAACCCGAUUCCAAGUAUCACUACUACAAACGCCUGACCUACAAUAGGAACCCAUACGAUAUAGGGAGCAUUAUGCAUACGAAUUUUGGCAGUUCGGUAGAACUAAGAGACAAAAACCUGAAAUUCCUUCACGCCCCAAACGGCCAGAUCCUCACCUACUACGACUUAAAGGAUGUCAUAGAUCAGUACGAAUGCACCGCUCAUUGUACUGCUCCUCCUGUCUGUGACAAUGGCGGUUACGUGAACGUCACGUGUAAGUGCACGUGUCCGGUGGGGUUUACUGGAACCACGUGUCAGACGGUGCUCACAGAUCCAGAUUGUGGUGGAUACGUUUAUCUUAAGGAGAAUGACCUUGUUUUAGAGCCAAACAAAGAUGUCACAGUUACUUCCCCUAAUUAUCCUGGCCCUAUUGGACAGGGCAAAAUCUGUAGAUGGGCAGUCAAG